AUGUCGGGGAAGGGGAAGGCUAGCCCGCGUCACCGGCCAUGGUCCGUGUACCGGGCUAACACCUUUGACCUCUCGGCUGAGAUAAUGGGACUGACUCUGGCAGGUAACAGUCAGGACCCAGAUGAGCCAGUGCUGGAGUUCAGCCUGGCGUGCAGUGAGCUGAUCACCCCAGCAUUGGACCGUAAACCGACCAGCUUUGUGGCGGUCAGCUGUACCACUCCUCCCCAGGCCUUCUGGACCAAACAUGCUCAGACAGAGAUCAUAGAGGUAGAACCACACCCAGAGAUGGGCAAGGACGAGGAGGCAGGGUCAGCGGAGAACGAGCGCAUGGGCAAUAUCACCAUCAUCGCCUGGCAGAUAGAGGAGAGGAGGGAGCAGAGAGCCCCUGUCGCCCGGCAGGACACCAUCAAUGGCAGGAUGGUUCUUCCAGUGGAUGAUAGCCUGACUGAGUCCGUGAACAUCAGGGCCAAGUCUGCGUCUCUGUGCAAAGACACACUGCUGAAGGCUGUGUUUGGGGGCACCAUGUCUCGUAUGUAUCGAUUCCCCACCACGGAUGGAAACCACCUGAGGAUCCUAGAGCAGAUGUCUGACAGCGUCCUCUCUCUACACAUCCCUCGYCAGUUUGUCAAACUACUGCUGGAGGAGGACGCUGUCAGUACUCUGAAAGCAGAUAAGAAGCUGGAGUUUAUCCCCACUAACCUACACGUCCAGAGGAUGAGAGUACAAGGAGAGUCUGGCUAUGACAGGACCUAUGACGUAGUGACUAUAGGUGCCCCAGCAGCCCACCACCAAGGCUUUAAGCACUGUGGUCUUCGGAAACUCAUCCACAAGUUUGAGGAGGACGUGGUUAGAGCGAAGGAGCUGAUUGGUCAGAUCAACACCUUGAAGACCCAGGUGUGCUACUACACCGAACGUUUGUCCCGCGCUGCCAAGGAACGCUCAGCCAACGCUCUGGAAAGAACCCUCGCCAUCCUCUCUGAGAAGACUCGUCAGUUGGUGACAGUUUGUGCUCCUAAGUUGCUGUCCUCUGCCAUCCUGGCCCUCUCUGCCGCCGUCCAGAUACAUUCCCAGAAGGGAAGGAGAGGGGGGAGAGACAAGCGCUCCUCCCUACAGGCUGACUGGCACGAGGAGAACUGGGAGAAGGUAUGGUUGAAUGUGGAUAAGAGUCUGGACUGUGUGAUCCAGAGGGUGGACAGACUGCUGGCCAAAGAUAGUAUGCAGAGUGACAGCAGCAGUGAGGAUGUGUUCCUGAACUCUCAGCAGCAGACCAAUGCCACUACUAAGAAAGCUCUGAUCUGUGGUUUCAUCAUCAAGCUGAGGAACUGUCUCCAUGACGAUGGCUUCCUCAGGCAGCUCCACAUCAUCGGCCUGCUAGUCCAGUAUGAGGGCCUGCUCAGCACCUACGGGGAGGAGCUGGCCAUGUUGGAGGACAUGAGUGUUGGUGUGAUGGACCUGCGAAACGUCACUUUUAAGGUUACCCAGGCAACCUCGGUCUUCGGCCCAGAUAUGUUGCCUGUCAUCACCGGGAACCGGGACGGCUUCAACGUCAGGGUUCCGUUACCAGCAGCGAUGUUUGAUGCGUUGCCGAGGGAGAUCCAGAAUGGAAUGCUGCUGAGGGUUCAGCCGGUUCUCUUCAAUGUGGGAAUCAAUGAACAGCAGACACUGGCCGAGAAGUUUGGAGACACGUCUCUCCAGGAGGGGAUUAACAUGGAGAAUAUGGCUCGACUCAGCUCAUACUAUGACCAGUUUAAAGAGGUCCUACCUGAGGACUGCCUCCCUUGUAUCCGUAGUCAGACCAGCCUGCCUGAGCUGCUGAAGCUGCUCGGUCAGAACAUCAGUGCCAGGAAGAGCAAGAACGUAGAGAUCCUGUGGCAGGCAGCGGAGGCUUGUCGGCGUCUGAACGGAGUGCGUUUUACCAGCUGUAAGAGUGCUAAAGACCGUACAGCCAUGUCUCUAACCCUGGAGCAGUGUCUCAUCCUCCAGCAGGAGCACGGACUGGCCCCACAGGUCUUCUCCCAGGCCCUCGACUGCAUGCGCAGUGAGGGCUGCAGACGAGAGAACACCAUGAAGAAUGUAGGAUGUCGUAAAUACGCCUUCAACUCCCUCCAGCUGAAGGCCUUUCCAAAACAGUACCGCCCACCUGAGGGCACCUAUGGGAAAGUAGAGACCUGA